UAGAGGAAGAGGUAUUUCCACAAGCCUCCUUAAGCCAGCUGCCUCCUCUUCCCUGUUCAGAGCCAUCCCGUGGCUUGGAGUUGGAUUUCAGGUUAACAGGCCACUAAAACACAAGAAGGCUCUUCAUGGAUCUACCUUACUACCAUGGCCCUCUGACCAAGCGAGACUGUGAGAUCUUAUUGCUCAAGGAAGGAGUGGAUGGCAACUUUCUGCUAAGAGACAGCGAGUCUGUGCCAGGAGCCCUGUGCCUCUGUGUCUCGUUUAGAAAUUUUGUCUAUACAUACCGAAUCUUCAGAGAGAGACAUGGGUACUACAAGAUUCAGACUUUGGAAGGUACUCCAAAACAGAUCUUUCCAAGCCUAAAGGAAUUGAUCUCCAAGUUUGAAAAGCCAAACCAAGGUCUGGUGGUUCACCUUUCAAAGCCAAUAAAGAGAAGCAGUCCCAGCUUAAGAAGGAGAAGAUUGAAAGUUAAACUGGAUGAGAACAAUGAUGACGACUAUGUGAAUGUCUUACCUUAAAGGUGAAGAUAAGAACUCUGGACAAAGCAAAUUAAAGAAGAGAUGGGGCAACAACUCUCACAGUUGGUAACUGCUUCACCUGCAAAGUGUAGGUCUGGAAUGACAAAUUCUCGUGGCCAAUUCAGAAUCUCCCAGUCAGGGUAACUGAAGAUAUUCUGUCUAUUAGCCUCAGAGAAAUCACUCCUCAUAUCCCUGCCUUCAAGACGAACACUACAAGAAGGCUUAAAGCCCCUCUUCACUUCUUGGAAAGGGACACCUGACCCUAUUCUUCCUGACUCGUUAAAGGAACUACAUCACAGUUGACAUCCUCUUUCUGUCAGCUUCAUACAGAGGAAAGGGCACUUGGCAAUGAGUUCUGAACCCUGAGUUUCAGUCCAGUGACUGUGGUUUUGCAAAAAUCACAGUCUAUUUCUUCAUUAAUAAAAAGUAGUUGGGGUUAGGGGCAGGGG